GGCAGGCCAUUCGCGUGUUUUCGCUUUUGUUGUCGUUCAUUCAAUACCUAGUAGUACCUAGGUCCAAUGAUGAGCUCCGAAGGAGCAGGACAGCUGGCCAGCAGCAGCCGUUGUUGCGAGGGGGAGCCGCGCAAAGGCAGCAAAUGCAAGGAUCCCGAGGAAGAACGAGCAAAGUUGCAGUUUGGAACUCGAGCUGUGUCCAGACAUAAUCCUCCACCGGACCAAGCGCCGCUGGUCGCUCCCAUCUAUGCUUCGUCCGUGUUCUGCCCAAGAAACUUUGAAGAUGCGCUACUCGUCCAGACUGGGGCUGGCUAUGUAUACAGUCGAUGUGAGAACCCCACCACCAACCUGGUGGCCGACGCCAUUGCUGAGCUGGAAGGUGCCGACGGUGGUUGUCUGAUGUAUGCGUCCGGUAUGUCUGCCAUCUCCUCCGCACUGCUCACGUUUCUACGCAAAGGAGAUCACGUGGUUGCUCCAGACCUGUGCUAUGCAGCGUGUAUGUCGUAUUUCACCGAGAUGUGUCCCCGUAUUGGUGUGGAGGUCACACUCGUCAAGCCAUGCUGUAUUGACGAGUAUCGCAAGGCUAUCAAACCAAACACGGUGCUACUAUAUGGCGAGACGUUGACCAACCCUACCAUGGAGAUGUUGGAUUUGGAGGAGCUUGGCAAGCUGUCCAACGAAACCGGACGUCAUAUUCGCACCAUGAUCGACAAUACGUUUGCAUCACCCUACUGCGUUCAGCCGAUACAACACGGCAUUGAUAUCGUGUUGCACAGCUGUACGAAAUACCUGGGUGGUCAUAGUGACUUGACGGCUGGCUGUGCGUGUUUCCGUAACCAUGACGAUAAGCACGCCAUGCUGCAGAUGAGAAAGAUGCUGGGUGGAAUCAUGUCUCCGUUUGAAGCAUUCUUGCUCCACCGAGCGGUCAAGACCCUGCAUGUCCGUAUGGCACAGCACUGUACGAACGCCAUGACUGUUGCACAAUACCUGCAGUGUCAGGACAAGAUAGAGUGUGUGUAUUACCCAGGUCUGGACUCUCAUCCACAACACGUCACCGCCAAGAAACACGUCCUGAAUGAUUCCUACGGUGGAAUGGUCUCGUUUGUACUCAAGGGUGGCUAUGAGGCAGCCAAGACGUUUGUCAUGAGUCUGCGCUUGAUCAUCUUCGCCGUGUCUCUCGGAGGUGUUGAGUCACUUGUGGAGCAUCCUGCGUCCAUGACACAUGACCCCAAAGCUAUGGCCUUGCUAGGGGAAGUCCCUGCUACGCAGGAAGUAGCUGGGGGUCUGAUUCGAUUCAGCGUUGGUCUGGAGAGUUCUGACGACCUCAUCAAGGAUUUGGAGCAGGCACUGGCCAAGGUCUAGGCAAUGUCACUCUAUCACGACUACACGAUCCCUGGUGAAAUCUCCAUUCUACACAAUGCCUGGUGGACACUCCAUGCCAGGGAGUAGCAAAAUGCCGGUAUUUUACUACUCCAUGCUCCAUGCUAUGCAACCCCGGGUGAUGUCUCCAUGCUACAUCACCCCUGGAUUACCACCAUCCAUUGUCUCUGACUGUCCGCGGCGCGUAUUACUUCUACCACUACAACACCACCACCGUGAUAAGACUUGCUUGCUCGUACACCGUGUUGCUGCGUGCACAUUGCGGCAUUGCUUGCUCUGCCCACUGGCCACUGAGCAUCCUACAACCUGAGGAUACGUAGACCGUGACCUGUCAUCAUCACUGUCUGCAAACUGAGUACUACCCGGUUAUCUAAUAACAUUCUACACGACAGCUGGUGCUGAAUACCAUUAUGCUAGUGUGAUAACGUGUAGUCAAACCUCUUUAGCAUGAACAUCAAGGGACCGACGGUAUUAUGUUGUCAAUAAUGGGAAUUCUUCUCAAUAUUGCAUACCCAAUGAACGAUUUUCUUAUACAGAAUGAUUUAUCUAUUCGACGACGAGACAAUAACUUCAGUUCGUUCCCCAAGCUUAUUGCCCUAUUAAAAAUGGAGUUACGAAUGCUAGUUCUUCUGAAGCGAACACAUUUUCUUAUCGAGGUUUACUGUACACGCUAACAUGAUUUUCUUUCCUUUUUUUACAAUGUAGCCACAAACCAUCAUCGGGUGCAAGCGGCGGUAAAAGCGCACUGGGAUACAUAUAGCGAUGGCAGCCGAACAUUGUAUACCCAUGCGCUAUCAUGACAUCAUCAUCACUUUUUAUAAAAGCAACUGCCACAUACUGGUAUGCUGCCAUUUCACCAUUAUAAAUUAUUUAU